GUCACCAUUUAGGGCGGCUUGGGCUUGUUCCCCGCCUGCAUGUGGCUUUGUUUAACGGAGAGUUGAAUGUAUAAAGGAGUCUCCCACCUCAGCAGCACCCCAGUCACACAUGUUGACUUGAUGUACUUGAACACUUUCCAAAAUCGGCCCCGCUUGGACAAGCACACGAGUCCGGUAUGAACUCUUCGCUUUUGGUUUUACAUAAUCCUUAUGACCCACGGGACCUCGACGGCGGGAAGUCGCUCGCAACAACCAACCAACUCGGGGGCCAAUGGGGUGACGCGUAUCCGCUGGACCAGGGGUUGAUGAUGAAGGAACAAGAAAGCUUUCCGCCGUCUGGGAAUAUAUUUGGGGAAGACGCCUUUUCGCAGAUGUGUAUAGACGGACCCAUGGCCGGCCUCGACGCCAACGGGUUUAGUGCGGCAGGCGUGAACGGGCGCAGCAACACCAUACAAUGCAUGCAGCUUGGCAACGCUUCUUACGCCCCAACGACGGACACUUCCCUGAGCAAUGAGUCGCCUGGCAGCAUCAACAGCAGCCCUCCAGAGAUGACCAUCCACACCGCCUCGUCCUCCGAGUCUCCAUCGCCAAGGACCAAGCCGAGCACGGUCAAGAAGCGCGGUCGCCCACGGAAGGCCCAACUAGCUGUUAGCGCCGCGACAGUAUCGAAAGACGACGCCGGCAGCAUCACAAAGUCCAAGCCCCGAACCAGUAUCAAGAGCGAAGCCGACGCUUCGGGGGCCGAGGACCCGAGGGCACUACGAGUCCGCGAAAAAAAUCGCAUCGCCGCCGAUAAAUGCCGCUCGCGGAGGCGGCAAGAGGAGGACAAGCUCAAGUCCAAGCACGAGGAUCUAGAGCAGGAGCAUCGCAGGCUGUCCGGGGCACUGUCAGAACUGAUGGCGGAGACGUAUGUUCUGAAGAACAUGCUGAUGGAGCAUGGCAACUGCGACUGCCGACUGAUUCAAGACUAUCUGAAGGAAUCGGCGUCCGAGUGGGUGGCCAAGAAGCUAAAAGCGUCAGCCUCGCCUGCUGGGCCAAGUCCUUCUUAACGUUCGAACUGCAUUUUUUUUAUGGUGGGCGUGUUUGUAUGGAGUUGAAACGGUCACGAGAUUUUUGAAGCAGCGAUUAGGUGUUUCGGUUUGGGUUGGGUGUCUAUAUCCGUCCCCUCAUAUCGAUUGUUAUAGUCGGUUUAGAACUAAGAGGCGACGAUUGCCGCGGGGCAGGACCCCUUCGGUUUAACAAGGCGGUUGCAACUUGAAGUCGAACGGUGUACUUUGUACAAACAGCUUUCACUAACAUGGAAUGGCAACAGAUGCACGAG